CAAAAUGUACGAGAAAAUAGAAUGAAAAGAUGUCCCAUCUUCCCCUAUCCUACUAUAUAUAGAUAUGCAUGUACCGUAUACUAUACGCGCAAUAUUAGUGAAACGUUUGUUUCCUUUUGAUUUCCAUCUGUACGCCUGGUGUGACAGAAUUGAUGUUCCAUGUUCCCCCUUCCGUGUUGCGGUUUGUGGUAACCAACGUCAUUAUAAUGACAAUCGGAUAAUAAUAUGUAGGCGCCUUAUUGGUUAUAUUGUACUGUGGGGAAAGAUAGAUACCGUUAGCACAUAAUAUCCCUAUUUCCUAUUUUUGUAUCAAAAUUGAAUAUAACUUGUUUAUCCGAUGAGUGCCUAUGGUGGCGCUUAGACACAGUCGUUACAAUACUGUUUUUAUAAAACUGCGUCGUAGAUCAUAUACGUUAUUAUGUGAAUUAUCUGUAGUUGUUUUAUGCUAUAAAAAGUGCGAUUGUGGGCCGUUAUUACCCGUAUAAACGGUGUAGUUAUAUUUUAACCAAGUGGCAUAUGUGUUAAUGGCUGCUCUUUGAUGGUAUCCUAUUCUAUACAAUGGUCGUGUUACAGCAUUUUUACCCAACACCGCAUCGAAUGUAUAUUUAGCCAUAGAGCAUGUCCGCGUGUCACUCUGGUUAAUGCAGGCGUAUCAAUUCCCGAUGGGGAUUUUUAAUCAAAUUACAGCGUCUUAUAUUAAACAUCGCUGAAUGAUCCGUUCCGCAACUCCUGCCUGCGACUGCUGCUGACAAGUAGAUUAUUCUAUACCGUUAAAUUUACCGCUCAGCAUUUUGAAUCAACUUCUGUACUUACCCUGUUAAAGCAUUCAACCUAGCGACUAUUGGAUAAAGUUAGAGUACAGAAACGCAACUAUUAUUGAUUCGUAGCACCAGCAGUAUGAGAGAAGGUAGAAAUUAUAACUCACAGAAGAAGAGCUUCGUUUGAUCAGAUUAAGUUGCUUUGCUCAGAAUCUCAGAAAAUAUCUCAGACGAAACGUGUUUGGUGACGUGGCAGUUAUGGUGGUACGGGUCGCUACUUAUCAAUGCUGCUGUAACAAUUGACUAUUGUGACGCAGUGACUGGACAUCGUAACAAAAUAUUAUUUUAACAAAGGAAAGUCUUUCAACAGACAUAUUAUCUUAAUAAUAUAUUUACCCGGCAGGUUAAGCGUGUUUUCGUACUUGGCAUCAAAAGACACGGAUCUCAAAAAGGAUUAGUCUAAUAAACCAAAUGCACGGCAAAUAUUGUAUAAGAAUAGUAUGUACAUAGGUAUAUUAAACUUAUGUAAAAAGCAAAGGUUCAAGUAUACCGAUGCAGGGGUUUAUCAGCAAUAAGGUGUGCGUUGUUUUGUUGACCCUGAGACUGUAUCUAUAUAGCGGUUCUUUAGGGACGAGUAUAGACUAGCUCUUAAUAAGGUUGAAUCAAGCGGUUGGCGACGUUCGUUUGAGAUGGCUAACGAAGACACCGGUGAGAAUUCCACGAACGCACCAUUGGCGGUUGCUGCUGACACAACACAAACAGAAAGGCGAAAGCAUUCCAGCUUUGUCGGUCAAAUUAUUGAAGUUCGUGACAAAAAGGGCUUGUUUCAUGCAGCUAUACCGAUCGUCCCAUCUUGUAUAUCUUGGAUAUGCCUUCUCUUCAAUUUAUUCACUCCAGGAAUAGGAACUUUUAUCAUGGCAAUAUGCACCCUCUGCGGAUGUAAAACUAACUCGGUAAAGCCAAACAAAUGCAAGGAUUUCGCUUUAAACAUCUUAUGUGGUUUUCUUCAAUUAAUUCUGGCCGUUAUCCUUGUUGGUUGGAUAUGGAGCAUAUACUGGGGAAUUAACAUUGUAACGAUAGCCAAUGAAACCGAGGAAAGGAAAAAGGCUGAUAGGAAGAGACAACCGAUCUAUAAGCCGGAUGAUGGGAACGUAUAAAGAGAACGCCACUUAACCUUACAUGGGUGCAACUAUUUUGAAAAGCAAUUUGUUAUAGACGUUUUACCAGGACAAACAAAAACCAUCAUUUGGUGAAAUGUAAGAUGUGAAAAAUAUUGUUAUAUAUUUAUAUAAACACUAUAAGGCCAUGCUAUAUUGGCUAUUAAUGUUACAAUUUCAGUUGGCAUCCGGCAGCAUAAAGGCUUAGGUGUAGAGCUGUCGGAUUUAAAUUAAUCCAUGUCUUAAGCUGUCGAUAUAAUGUUGAAAGUUUAUAUAAGACUGUUGUGAUUCGGGAUCGUGAGAACAAGUAUAUAGGCCAUAUAUAUAGGUGUACUUCGUAAAAGUUGAUUGUCAUGUGUACAAAUAUAGUUGUUCCUUGUGCGUUUUUCGAAUUUGUUACUUGGUUGAUAUACUUUAUGCUAGGUACGACGUACGAAGACUAUUUCAACAUAAAGCUAUAUAGUGUAUAUAUAUGUGUUUAUCCAUACGUUGCACCAUUACAAAAGCUAUUACUGUAUAGUUUAAUUUUGUUUGACAUUUGAGCUUCCAUAUAAAUAUAGGUUAUUAGGCCUAAUGUGUUAAAAUUUUAUCAGUUAUAAGUCUAUACUUCUAAUUGAUAUGACAAGAGUUGUUAUACAAAUGUAGAUACUCGUGCAUGUUGUUUUUUAUUGUUUUUUUUAUCUUGCUGUCGAUUUUCGAUCCAGUUGGCAAGAUAUGUUGUUUCUAUUGUCACUUGCUUUUUGAUGUGCUUGACACUUUUAUGGGUCCUUUACCUAAGAAAUUGGAAAACAAAUGCUUAAUCUGUAUAAUGAACAUGUUUUACUUCUACGUAAAUUUGAUAGCAUUAGUAUGUUUGAACAAAACAACUGAACUGCCUAUAUUUCGUUUAAAAUGUGUGAUCUUUCGUUUAUAUUUUAUUAAAGCAUGCAAAGCUUAUGUUGAAACGAUUUCAAAGUAGUGGCGCAACUUUUAAUGAUGAAAAAGGAUAUUUUUAUAAACUCUAAAUACUAAUUUAUAUUCAUAUAACAGGCAUAUUUUAUACAAACUUUUGCCAGGGAUCUGAUUUUGCUUUUAUUUAAUUAUAGUCUAGUUUAUGUAUGUUAUAUAGUUAAGAUUUUUAUUUUAACCGCCUUGAUCGGUCUGCGGUGUAAUAUCAAUGGUAUGUCUGCUGUAUAUUUUUCACGCUGAAAUACUGAACUGACUUGA